GCGUUUGGCCUCCGGCCCCGGGCUCUCGCCCUCUCUGCUUGGCCACCCCUGGCUCCCCGAGCUUGGAGAGGCUUUGGUGGGGAGAGAUAUCUUAAAAAUCCAUCUUUUCACAACGUCAAGAGGAGAUUGUCUCUUUGAAAGCUGGACUAGACAAAGUAUAUGUAGAAGAGGUUCAUGCAGAAGGUUUGCUAGCAAUGAGACGAUACCUGGUGUUCAUAAUUCUGAGUUGUGUCUUUCUCUCUUAUGUACUUCAUUGCAUUUUGUGGAGAGAGAAUCAUAUCAGUUGGCUUCGAGUUACAGAAAUGAAAAGGUCGCCAGUGCUGUCUUGUCCACUGAAACCUGCUUUUGAGUCUCUACUGAGUUUUCAAGGAAUAUAUCCUUUCAUGUGUGCAAGUCAUUUAAAAACAAUAUCUACUCUUCAUGAAAGUGAUAAGAUUGCACUACCCUAUGGGGUAAAGAAAUCAGUGCAUCAUUUCCACCUUGCUCUCUCAAAACUUCAGAGUUGUGACCUGUUCCCUGAGUCUGACAAAGUUCCCUGUAAAAAAUGUAUUGUUGUUGGUAAUGGCGCAGUUUUAAAGAAUAAGACACUGGGAGAAAAAAUCGACUCCUAUGAUGUGAUAAUAAGAAUAAAUGAUGGACCUGUCAGAGGACACGAAGAGGAUGUCGGGACAAGAACAACUUUCCGGAUUUUUUACCCAGAGUCCGUCUUUACAAACCCAGCCGACAGUGAUCCUAACUCUGUUGCCAUCCUUACAGUCUUCAAAUCCCAUGACUUGAAGUGGUUGUGGGAAUUGCUGGCUGGCAUCACACCAGAGGUUAAUUAUUUUUGGAAGAAACCAGCCUUAAAUCUGAUCUAUAAACCUGAAAAAAUCAGAAUCCUCGACCCUAUAAUUACAAGAAUAGCUGCUUUCAACUUGCUUCAUUUUCCUACAACUUUUCCCAAAAAGGAGAAACCCAAACACCCAACAACAGGGAUCAUCGCCAUCACACUGGCAUUUUAUAUAUGCCAUGAAGUUCACUUAGCAGGUUUUAAGUACAAUUUUACUGAUAUAAAUGGGCCUUUGCACUAUUAUGGGAAUACAACCAUGUCUCUGAUGAUCGAGAAUGAAUACCACAACAUAACUGCAGAACAGAUUUUCUUAAAGAAUAUCAUAGAAAAGAACUUCGUUGUUAACUUGACAAAAGAUUGACCCUAAAGACUCUCAAGAUAUUGAUUUUUCAUUGGUAUUUUUUUUAUAAAAUUUGAGUUUAUUUUUUUAAAUGUCAAGCUACUUCUGUAAAAUAUGUCUUUCAGUUUUUGUAUGAUUGUUAGGAAGUGUUCAAGACUUGAGUCUGCUACUGUCUGCUGGUGUAGAUUUAACAGAAGUUGCAUUCUGUGAAUAUAUUUAAUUAUGAAAACAAAUUGCAGUUAAGAUAGCAGGUCAAAUGUUAGAAUAUUCUGAAAAUUCAAUUUUUAAAAUGAAAGAAUCCUAACUUUAAAUUCUCAUUUGGAAGAAGUCUAAAUUUCUAAGGAUCAAGAAAAUUGGGAAGCUCUACAGUUCUCUUCAGAUACCCCAAUCAAAAUGAUAAUUAUAUUCUGAAAGCUGGACUACCUGAGUAGAGUUGAUCUGGGAUGAAAUAGGCCUGAAUAGCAUGAGAAUAAAGGAACGAUAAUAGCAUUGUGUCUGUGGAAUUUUAAGUUUUCAUCUGAAUCAUCUGGAGAUUUUAAUUUGCAACCGUUGCAUCUCUGACUCAGGAGCUGUGUUUUGGCCAAAGUUAACUGAAUAGCCUUAAUCUCUGUUUAAUCUCUAUUGUUUUUCUCCUCAAGCCAACUUUGAUCAUGGAAGGCCAUGGCAUCUGGAGACAUUCAUUUUAGUUUACAGUGGUGAUAUGUCUUUAGAAUGAAAUAGAAAUUGAGUUUUCAGAAGCGCAAAUGUAAAUUAUAAAAAUACUUGAAUGAAAGCUUAAAUGAAAAAUACUUGAAU